UCUCGGCGCCCCGAGUGUAUCCUGCGCUCAAAGAUACCUCCCUCUUUUCCCACUACGUCUCUCAGGCCCCUACCUUGACUCAGGGUGGUCCGUGCAGGGCGUCAGGAGGGGGCGCCGUGUCGAGUGCGACCCCCAAAGCAGCGCCUUGUGCUUAAAGGACCCAUGAAGAAGAGCUACUACCAUAUGAUGAUGAUCUGAAAGUGGGAACUUAAAAAGUACUGGUUAGGAUGAAUGCGAUUUGGAGACAGUCUGUUUCCUGUCUAAGGAUAGGAAAGGGGCCGAACAGAUACAAAAGUGGUUGUAACCCAGCAGUUCCUCUUGGAUCUAGGAUUUUAACCGACCCAAACAAAGUAUUUGAACACAACAUGUGGGAUCAUAUACAAUGGUCAAAAGAAGAAGAAGCAUCAGCCAGGGAAAAAGUAGAAGAAAACUCAGCUGUGCAAAUCCUCCUGGAAGAGCAAGCUAAGUAUGAGAAUGAUGCUAGUAAAUAUUGGAACACAUUUUACAAGAUCCAUAAGAAUAAAUUUUUCAAGGAUCGUAAUUGGCUGUUGAGGGAAUUUCCUGAAAUUCUUCCAGUUGAUCAAAAAACUACAAUAAACACCAGAGAAUUAUCCUUGAAUCAUGUAAAAACUAAUAUGGCAAGUUGCUUCUCAAGAAUGCACUGCUCUCCACCUGAAGAUAAAAAUCAUGACAAGAAAAGUGCUGGCUGGUCAGAUGGUCAGAGCUGGGCAGGAUUUGAUUUUUCCAUCCAAGCCUCCAAGGAGAACAGAAAAGACCCUCUGAAGACAGACUCGUUUCCUGGUAGCAGUGCCACUUUCAGAAUACUGGAGGUUGGCUGUGGUGCUGGAAACAGUGUCUUUCCAAUUCUGAACAUCUUGCAGAUGCAAAGUGUUGUAAACCGACUGUCCAAGUUACUGAAACCUGGGGGAAUGUUGUUAUUUCGAGACUAUGGAAGAUAUGACAAAACUCAGCUUCGCUUUAAAAAGGGGUGUUGUUUGUCUGAAAAUUUUUAUGUUCGAGGAGAUGGUACCAGGGCAUAUUUCUUCACAAAAGGGGAAGUCCACACUAUAUUCUGCAAAGCUGGGCUAGAUGAGAAGCAAAAUCUGGUUGAUCGUCGCUUACAAGUUAAUAGGAAAAAGCAAGUGAAAAUGCACCGAGUGUGGGUUCAAGGCAAAUUCCAGAAACCAUUGCACUCAAAAUAGCUUCAACUUGUGUUUCUCACUUUCUUCGGGUACCACACUAUAUGCCGUGCCGAGAUGAAAACCCAGAUGAUUGCACUCUUCACGGGCUCCUGCGAAGCUUUCGUCUCUUAAACGGCAAAUCAGAAGAACGAAGAGAAUAUGUGUAUCGUACUGUUUUAUCAUCACUGAACUCUUUUGUGGCUAUCUCAAGUGCAUGUUCAUUGAUUUGGAAAUGUGCGCCAGAUUCUCUCUGGGAGACAUGAUAUGCCCAAGCUUGUUUUUGGUUUGUUUUAAUAUUUCUUUUAAGAAUUCAGUUAAAUUAUGCUGCUACAUGGCAGAUAACUUUGGAAAUCCCAACUUGUCAUUUUUUAGAAGUGGAAAAAAUUCCUCUGCUUUGUUUACAUAUUGGGCUUAGUAAGUCAGCUCACAAAUAUAGUCAACCUGUUCUCCAUUGCCUUCUGACAGCAGGGAGGCAGCAUGCCUUGAUUCUAGGGAAAGGCUGAACCAAGCCAGACCAUAGUAUGUUAUUUUUUGUUUAUUGUUUAUCUGUUUUCCCCGAGGCUUUUUUUUUUUAAGCUCAGAGGCUAAUGUCUAGAAUGUAAUUUUAGUUUCUUUUUCUUUUCCUAAAAUUGAAGAGUGUGGCCUAUGCUAAUAUUAUCUCCCAGCUAUUCUUAGAUGUACAAGUUGUUCCAGGCUCUCUUUAAGACCACUGUCAUACCCAAGAAAAUGCUAAAAUUGUACCAGUUAAAAUGCAUUUAUCAUCUUG